AGGGGGAGAGUCUUUUUAAACCUGAAGAGCUUAAAAGGUAGAUCCACAGGAGUGCUGCAGCACUGCACAAGACCAGAGGCUAUACUGGGGCUGUACGUUCUCUGGCACAACACAGCUUCUCUGCCAUAGAGCCUUUCUCUUACUUAUUCAUUCACACACACACACACACACUUGUGAGAUGCUAUGAGUCACCUGACAUGAGCCAAUUGUGUCUUCUCUUAAUCAGUAGACAGUAUAACUCUUCCAUCCCUGGAAGAUUUCUUCUUAAAGAUGGUAUAGUAUUCUUCUUCUUUUUUUGGAAAAGAAAAUCCUUUGGCUACAGCUGCAAUUCUGGAUGCCAAACUGAUAUCCUCACUGCAGCAAUGAAGAUCUGAGGGACUUAUGCAUCUGUGUUCUUUUUUUUUCCCGCCUCCGCAAACCACAUCUCUUGGAAGCGAACGCUCGUCCUCUUCAGAAAAUGCUCUUGCAGAAACGGGUGGGAUCUCUUUCCUUCACUUUCUAUUUGUGGGCAGACGUGCUCCUCUUUCUUCUUCAAGAUUGCUUAGCGUGUAAAUCUGAAGAAAAGCUGUUUCAAAAACUAUUCUCUCACUACAACCAUUAUAUCAGACCAGUGGAAAAUGUAUGACCAGUUACAGUGUAUUUCGAGGUGGCAAUUACACAGCUUGCAAAUGUGGAUGAAGUCAAUCAGAUUAUGGAAACCAAUCUAUGGCUGCGACAUAUAUGGAAUGACUAUAAACUGCGAUGGAAUCCAGCGGAAUAUGAUGGGAUCGAGUUUGUCCGAGUGCCAGCAGAUAAAAUCUGGAAACCUGAUAUUGUGUUAUACAACAAUGCUGUUGGAGAUUUUCAGGUAGAAGGCAGAACCAAAGCUCUUCUCAAAUAUGAUGGCACAAUCACUUGGACUCCCCCUGCCAUCUUUAAGAGCUCCUGCCCCAUGGAUAUCACCUUCUUCCCCUUUGAUCACCAGAACUGCUCUCUGAAAUUUGGGUCCUGGACCUACGAUAAAGCCAAAAUUGACCUUCUCCUUGUUGGUUCCAAAGUGGAUAUGAAUGACUUUUGGGAGAACAGUGAAUGGGAAAUAGUGGAUGCAUCUGGCUACAAACAUGAUAUCAAAUACAACUGCUGUGAGGAGAUCUAUACUGAUAUAACCUACUCUUUUUAUAUCCGAAGGCUGCCCAUGUUUUACACAAUUAAUCUGAUCAUCCCCUGUCUGUUUCUAUCAUUCCUGACUGUGCUGGUCUUUUACCUUCCUUCCGACUGUGGAGAGAAAGUGACUCUAUGCAUCUCUGUCUUACUUUCUUUAACGGUGUUCCUGCUGGUAAUCACAGAGACAAUCCCCUCUACUUCUCUGGUAAUCCCACUGGUGGGAGAAUAUCUGCUGUUCACCAUGAUUUUUGUGACCCUCUCUAUUGUCGUCACCGUGUUUGUUCUAAACAUCCACUACAGGACUCCAACAACACACACAAUGCCCACAUGGGUCAAAACUGUCUUCCUCCGUCUUCUUCCCAAAGUCCUGAUGAUGAGAAGACCUCUGCCGAAACAUGUUGAAGCCAAAACUAAAAAACCCAAAAAGGGCAAUACCGGUAAAUCCAGCAAGCCAAAGGCUGGUGAGUUUGGAGAAGUGAAAGUCUACAAUGAACACAGGUGCUGUUACUGUGAGAAGCCCAAGGAACCAGCCGCAAGCAAGAAAAAGAGACCCAGCCCCCAGUCUGCAAAAUGGGCACCCGACCAAGUAGAAUACUCCACAGAAGUCAAAGAAGUCAUUAACAGUGUGCAGUUAAUUGCCGAGAACAUGAGGAGCCAGAAUGAGACCAAAGAGGUGGAAGAUGACUGGAAAUACGUAGCCAUGGUGAUUGACAGAGUAUUCCUGUGGGUGUUCAUAAUUCUCUGCGUGUUUGGGACUGCAGGAUUGUUCCUGCAACCAUUAAUAGCAGACACAUAAUUCACUGACAGUUCAAGUUGUGCUUUUGUUUGCUCACAUCAGGUUCCACAUGAACCCUCACCGUUGUUCAACUUCAUAUUUAAUUCUCCAUCUGCAAGGUAAUGGAAUGUCAGCUUCACCUCAUGCCAGAAGAGCA